CAAGCCCUACCCUUUGGCUGGCGGUGACGCCACUUCCCGGGCGGCCCCAGAUCCUCUAGGCAGAAGUAGACGUCCUUGUCACCCCCACGUCGUGGAAAUGGUAAUUUCAGAAACUAUGGAUAUACUCUUCAGAAUAAGAGGAGGCCUUGAUCUGGCUUUCCAGCUACCAACUGCUAAUGAAAUUUUUAUCAAGAAGGCAUUAAAACGUGUAUUGAGUGACCUGUCGAAAAAGCUUUCUUCAAAUGCACUUGUAUUCAGAAUUUGCCAUAGUUCAGUGUAUGUAUGGCCUAAUAGUGACAUAAACACCAUUCCAGGAGAACUGACUGAUAGCUCUGCUUGUAAGAACAUAAUGCGCUUUAUUAAAUCUGAGCAGGAAGAAGAUACAAAACGAAAAUUCAUGAGAAAGAAAGACAAAAAAUUAUCAGACAUGCAUCAAAUAGUAAACAUAGAUCUUAUGCUGGAAAUGUCAACAUCUCUGGCUGCUGUAACCCCCAUCAUUGAGAGGGAAAGCGGAGGACAUCACUAUGUUAAUAUGACCUUGCCAGUCGAUGCAGUUCUGUCUGUUUCUCCAGAAGAAACAUGGGGAAAAGUUCGUAAACUUCUAGUGGAUGCAAUUCAUAAUCAACUAACUGAUAUGGAAAAAUGCAUUUUGAGAUAUAUGAAAGAAACAUCUAUCGUGGUUCCUGAACCAUUGCACUUUUUAUUACCAGGAGAAAAAGGUCUUGUAACAGUUUCAUAUCCAUCAGGAAUUCCGGAUGGCCAGCUGCAGGCCUAUAGAAAGGAGUUACAUGAUCUCUUCAAUUUGCCAUGUGACAGACCUUAUUUCAAAAGGUCUAAUGCUUAUCACUUUCCAGAUGAGCCAUACAAAGAUGGUUACAUUAGAAAUCCACACAUUUAUCUUAAUCCACCUAACAUAGAAGCCCAUAUG